CCUGGCACUGCACGAUACACUGUGAUGUGGUAAAGAACAUACGACUGAUAAGUGUUUUUCUGCAGGGGGACAUAAAGAAAGGAGGAGGGAGGAUAUUUCUGAAACAAAUGAUCUAAAGAUAGCGUUGGAUGGACAAUCUAAUAACAUCCACGUCUGUCGGCUCUGGUGGAGGUGGGGGUGGCGGAGGUGUUGGAGGAAGUAGCAGAGUGGUCACAAAGUCAGUGACAACUACUCGACUGACAUCGCAAAAUGAUCUCUCUAUGAACACAGGAGGGUCAGGUGAGAAAGCUGUGUCAGGAAGCUCUGGGGGAAUCCUGAUCACAUCCAGCAGCUCCAACGCCGCUGGCUCAGGUGGAUACAUCUCUAGUGGAACAAGCAGCUCAGGCCGGACCACAUCCAGCAGCUCCAACGCCACCAGCUCAGGUGGAUACGGCUCCAGCGGGACAAGCAACUCAGGGUUCAUCACAUCCAGCAGCUCCAAUACGGCCAGCAUCGGUGGAUAUGGUUCUGGAGAAACAAGCAGUUCAGCCCUGACCACAUCCAGCAGCUCCAGCGCAGGCAACUCCGGUGGAUAUGGCUCAGGCGGAACAAGCAGCUCAGGGUUCAUCACAUCCAGCAGCUCAAAUGCUGCCAGCUCCAGUGGAUAUGGCUCUGGCGGAACAAGCAGCUCAGGCCUGACCACAUCCAUCAGCUCCAAUGCUGCCAGCUCCGGUGGAUACGGAAACAGCAAGUCCGCAGGUGGCAUCAGCGUCACUACUCUAGGUGCCUCCUCUGCUGUAUCCUCAGGGGUUGGAAAUUCAGCAAUCUCAGGGGGCUCAGGGGCAGCAACAAAGGGAACUGCUGGGGCGGUGGGGUUCAGGGCCACUGGGAAGGGAUCCUCUGGCAUGUCUUCUGGUUUUGUGAGUGGGGGCAGAGAUGGAAAAAGAGACGGGGGUCUAGGAGCCGUGACAGUUUCAACAAUGACGAAGAGCAGUUACAGUUCAGGAGGGUCUGGGGAGGCAAAGAGAGGAUCGUCUUCAGCAGUCACUUAUUCACCUGUUCCAAAAGAGAAGAAGAGCACGAGCACCAUGGCAGCAGCGGUCUCAGAUGUCUUUUACGAAAGUUCAAGCACAAACUCCUCUCCAGAGUACAAAAGGAAGGAGUAUGGUAUUUCAAGUUCUACUUCUAGCUCUGCCACCAGAGGGAGAACUAAUAGCAGAGAGAGUGAGAUCAGAGCAAGACUUCAGAGUGCUUCUCCUCCAGCAAGUUGGACGGAGCUGGAUGACGUGAAGCGCCUGCUGAGAGGAAACCGCUCCACCAGCACCAGCCCCACCAGAUCCCCCAACAACACGCUGCCUAUCCCCAAGAAGGCCAGCGUUGAAACUAGGACCAUGUCUGACAGCACCGCCACAGCUUCAGCCAAUCAGAUGCCAGAGCACUAUGGCAGCAUUUGGUCCGGAGGUGUGAGCAGUGGCUACGGUUACAACACUAGCUCCAACAACAUGUCGGCUACCUCCAACCUUUACUCAUCAGGAGUUCAGAACAACCUGACACUCAGCUCCCCAUCGAUGAACGGUGGACUCUCUGCUGGCAGCACUAUUCCUAUGUAUGGUCUUCAGAAUAACCUGGCCAGUACCAGCCCCAUGGCCCUCUCUGCCACCGGAGCCAACACACAAACGGUUUAUGGUGUCCAGAAAAAUGUCUCUGGUAGCGGAAUCGGCACAACCACAGGGAGACCCAGCAGUCCCCUACACGAUGAGAGCCCAGGCAAAGACUUUAAGUUUGUGCUGAUAGAGAAGGAGAAUGCUCCUGUGAAGAAGGAGACCGAGCGGCUGGUCAUGACCAAAGACACAGGGAAGCAGUUCAUGCCUGCUACUACUUCUGCUUUCUUCUCCGGGGACUCCCUACAGAGAGAGAAACAGAAGUUAUCAUCCAGCACAAUGGAGGAACGAACAGAUGCUAAAUCUGCAACCCUAAAAGUGGCCACAAAAGACAAAGCCACCUACGCAGAGAUCAGUGACAGUGACUCGUUCUUCAGCUUCUGCUCCUGCUGCAGUUGGUGGAAGUGGCUGCUUGGCCUCCUGCUCAGCCUGCUCCUCCUCCUCGGCCUCCUCUUUGGACUCAUCGCUUUGGGCGAAGAAGUGAAACGCCUGAAGAACCGUGUCGAUGCUCUGGAAUCCAUCACUGGCACGGCAUCGGCCAGGUCCAGCCGUUUGUCGGCCUCCUCUGGAAUCAACAUCAUCGACCCGCUGGACUCGGCGUACAUCGAAAGGAGUUCUGCUGGGUCUACCUUGACCCGCUCUGACAAUGGGAUCAACCUGGGAGCAGCUGGACCUAGAGUAGACGCUGGGAGUGGACCAGGGCAGGACAGCGCCACCCUGCAGAGAACCGUGCAGCAUCUGGUCAGGGCUGAACUCCGCUCUGAUGCUCUGAGAGAUUCACUUGCAUACUCACUAAAAGGGGAGAGAGGAGACCCAGGAGUUAAAGGUGACACAGGGAUGCUUGGACAAAAAGGUGACGGUGGCUUUCCUGGCCUGCCAGGCCCUCCUGGGCAGAUAGGGCACCCAGGACUGGAUGGACCAAGGGGACCAAAGGGAAGUUCAGGUGAACCAGGCUCUGAGGGUCCACAAGGCCAGAGGGGCCGUGAUGGACAAGUGGGCUCCCGUGGAGAAGCUGGACCACCAGGUUUUGGAGAGAAAGGAGACAGAGGAUCUCAAGGCGAGGCAGGACGUCCUGGUCUUGCUGGUGCUCCUGGUCCUGUGGGGCCGAAAGGUUCCACAGGAGAGCAGGGUUCCCAUGGAAUUCCAGGUGCUCCAGGUCCAAAAGGUUUCCAGGGUGAAGUAGGAGCACCAGGAGUGCCUGGUGAUCGAGGAGCACCAGGUAUUUCAGGAAUCAAAGGGGACCCAGGAGAGAGAGGAGCACGUGGAAUAUCAGGGGAACCAGGACAACCUGGAUCACAAGGCCCUGCUGGACCAAAGGGAUCUAAAGGAAGUGGAGGUGAAUCAGGCUCAAAUGGACUUCCUGGUGCUAGAGGAUCACCUGGACUUCCUGGAGAUGUUGGUCCCAGAGGUGACCCAGGAGCACCUGGUAAAUUCAUUGCUUCAGCUGGCUCUAAUGCUGUUGCCAUCCCCGGACCACCAGGGCCUGCCGGGCCUCCAGGUUCUGCUGGAACCCAUGGUCUGUCUGGUCCCAUCGGCCCCGCCGGUCUCCCAGGACGACCCGGACCUAAGGGAGAUCAAGGAGAUCAAGGAGAAAAGGGAGAUAAGGGAGAGCAAGGAAAACCUGGCGAGCCUGGGUCUGUCACAAGUUCAGAAUCCCUCGGAACCGACAAACUUUCUUCAGCUACUAACCUGCCUGGCCCUCCUGGUCCACCAGGACCUCCAGGGCCUGCUGGAGCAACUGGUCCUCAAGGUCCUUCUGGUGAGGGUAAAGAGGGUCCUCCCGGACGCAGAGGUCCUGCAGGAGAGCCAGGAGUUGGUCUUCCUGGAUCUCCAGGAGAAAAAGGAGAACCAGGGAGUUUUGUUCCUACCUCAGAAACCUUUUUUGCUGGACCACCAGGACCCCCGGGCCCACAGGGUGCAGCAGGUGUUCGAGGACCAGAAGGGUUCCAAGGAGAACCAGGUCAAUCAGGACUCCCAGGGAGUCCAGGGAAACCAGGUCAUGGUUUCCCAGGUCAGCCUGGACCUAGGGGACCCGAGGGUCAACCAGGCCCAGAGGGGCCAGAGGGGAUCCCAGGAGCUAAAGGUGAUCCAGGAAUCCCCGGUGCCCCAGGUAUCCCUGGAGUCUCCGUUGGUGGCUCCUAUAGUCCUGCCGCCUCAGGCCCACCAGGCCAACCUGGACCACCUGGACCACCCGGUCCAUCCGGUCCACCUGGAAGAGACGGAAGUGGACACAUGGAUGUAGGCACGUACCUUGCAGAGUACCUUCAGAGUAGCUCCUUCAGUUCUGGUGCCCCAGGGCCACCUGGACCACCAGGUCCUCCUGGAAGAGAUGGAACUGGAUCUGGAUCACCUGAUGUGGGCCAGUACAUUGCACAGUACAUUCAGAGUGAUGGCGUCAGACAGUACCUGGCAGGACCUCCUGGGCCUCCUGGGCCACCUGGUGCUUCAUGGCCUUCGAGUCCUGCAGGGGACGGACUGGUGGAUGACGUGGCAAACAGAGUUAUCGCCUACAUGCAGAGCCAAGGUAGAGGAUAUGACAGGGAUCCUGGCCCUCCUGGUCCUCCAGGUCCUCCUGGCUCCAUCUCUGUCAAUGAUGUCAUCGCCGUAUUACAAAGAGAGGAAGUGAGGAGAUAUGGUGCUGGUACUCCUGGUCCACCGGGACCCCCUGGAGCUCCGGGCCAUGGCAGCUACAGAAUCAACACCCAGGAGGUGGCUGAACGUGUACUCACCCUACUGAAUGAGAGGCAGGUGUUAGGUGUCCCCGGACCCCCUGGACCCCCUGGGCUACCUGGAGACUCAUUCCAAGUUGUCGGUCCUCAAGGGCAUCCAGGAGCCCCGGGUGUCCCUGGUAUCCCUGGUAGAGAAGGUCCACCUGGACCACCAGGAUCUAGCAACUACAUCAAUUCAGACAUACGUGACUACUUGCAGAGUGUGGACUUUAGAGGUUUACCAGGCCCCCCUGGUCCCCCUGGACCAGAGGGCCCCCCUCGUGGUCUCCAUGGACUGGUUUCCUUUGCUGAGUAUGCAAACAGAGAACCUCCCACAGCAGAAAAACAACAAUACAUCAACGAUGAUAGUAUGAGAGGAACUAUGUUCGGCCUUCCUGGUGCACCAGGCCCUCCUGGACCCCCAGGACACAGGGGAGAGCCAGGGGAACCUGGCACAAAGGACAGCAUCCUGGAUACUGGAGACUACUCCAGCGUCGCUGUCAAAGUAACUGAUUACAUCAAAUCCCACGGUCUGCUCCGUGAUGUUGGGGGAAACUCUGAACGUUUUGUUCAAGGACCUCCAGGACCUCCUGGACUUCCUGGAAUGCCUGGACAAAGCCAAUUGGUUAGCUCCCGUGAAAAUAUCAUGGAUGUUGUGGAAUACAUCAAAUCUCAGGGUCUGCUACGUGACUUAAAACAAAACCACAAUGAUCAUGGCAUCCAAGGUCCGCGAGGAGCACCGGGACCUCCAGGUCCACCGGGACUCAGCCAGUUGUUUGGGUCCCAAGAAAAUCUUAUUGAUUUAGUGGAAUACAUCAAAAAAAAUGGAUCCAUUGUAGGACCGCCUGGGAGACCAGGACAGAAAGGGGACAUUGGGUUCCCGGGGCCAAAAGGAGACAGAGGAGAAUACGCACCGGCUGUUAAAAGAAGGAAGAGGAACGUUAGAAUGUAACUGUCCACGUACUGAGUUUGUGAAAGUUUAAUGUGGAAUCUGGUGUGUAUAAAGAUGGUGAAUGUACGGACACAUACAAUUGUUCUUGUAAUUGUUUUGAUAGUAUUUGUGUGUCUACUGUGUUGUGUGAAAUCAAAGACUGUAUAUCUUUGAAUGAGCUUGUUUGAUUCACUGUUUUGAGGGGAUAUAUCUUUUUACUUUGUGGGAUUUCAUGUAGUUGUCUUUCUAUCAUCUUUUCAUAUUCCAUUUUUUUUUUUCCCACAUUUUUUUUAUGUGCAAUUGUUUACAGAAGAUUUUCACUGUCAGAUAAUUACAUACGUAUUCAUAGCUGGAAAGACCGGACAACUGUGGUACAGAGGAAAACGUUUAUUUACAGCAAAAUGAAAAUCUACAUUACACAAGUAUUCUAAAAACUAUACAUUUAUUUUUUUUUAAAUGCAUAACACUUUUGAUAUGGAUAACAUUGUUUCAGUCAACAUUCAGAUUUUUUUUUUGUUGAAGAAUAAAACAGACAACAGACCAAGAA